AAAUAAUGCGAUUAAGUAAAUCUAAGCAAACGUGCUGCUUCGCGCCUUUCAGCGGUUACAAGCAACAGUUGCGCUUAGUUCCUCGUUCUACCGAAGCUUAUUAAUUUAAAUCGUGGUUUGGGUGAUUGGUACGCCAGUACUGGUACUCUAGUUUUCGUAGCAAGUCACGGCGUGAAGUUGUGAUGAAAGAUGAGACAAUUCCUGAGGCUGAUAGACAAUCUUAUCAUACAGUUCUUGUGGACGUGUCAUGUUUUAUAUAAUAGCUGGGUAACAAAAGGAGACAUGAAGCUAAGUCCCAGCCGCGAAAAACCCGAACGUUACGACAUCGAGCACAAACGUCACUUCGUCCAUCUUUUCACCACGACCACAGAUGAAGGCAGGCCCUUGUGUUACAUGGACAUGUACGAGAUGACGUCACCUGCCGAUGAAGAGAGAUUCAGAGAAUUCUUCUCCGGGGGCGUGCCUAAUAGUACCUACUUCAAGUACCAUAGGGCGAGCUCCAGGCCGAACUUGUUGUGCAGUGACUUAUUGUGGAUGUAG